AUGGGGUCGACUCAGUUUGGGAAAUUUCAUGACUUUUGUCGCGAUACCACUCUUCCCGUGUGCAAUCUAUUCGUUCCUUCCAAUCAACCCCCUAAUGCCCCCUUCGGCGGCUGCGCGUUGACCGGUAUCUCGCUGAGCAAUGGCCGGCAUUUGGGUAACCUGGGUUCUAUCCUUAUUGCCUUUAUCGCCAUUAUUACUUGUGCCUUCUUGAUUUUCUUGUCCGACAAGAAGCGUGCUGCUGUCGGUCGAAGGGAAAUUCAAAUUUUCUUGCUUGGCUAUGCUAUUGUCUCUCUGUGUGAAAUUUUUACCGUUGGCGCCUUUCCUUUAGGGGCCGAUGUCCGCAAGGGAUUUUCGGCUGUGCAUGUUGCUGCCAUCACUGCUACGGCAUGGAUUCUAUUCCUCAAUUCUCUUGUCGGCUUCCAGUUCUUGGACGACGGGACCCCACUAUCAAUGGCUCUGUUCUUCGGCUCAAGCGCUGCUCUUUUUAUUGGAACAGGCUACAUUGCCCUUGAUACCGGCUUCAGCUGGACCGGGCAUUUCGACCCGAGCUUAUCAGGCGAUAACCGGAACAUCGGGCUCUACGUUCUGUACCUGCUGUUCCCGCUCAUUUGUCUCUUCUUUUUCUACAUCUUGGAGGCCCUUCUUGUCAUUCGAGUGUUGGGUGAGAAGCGCCCGUUGAUCUACCUUACUGGCGCCACGCUGCUGUUCGCCAUUGCCCAAGUGUUCAACUUUGUCAUCAGCCCCCACAUUUGUGGCCCAGUUGACGGCAAGAUCAAUGGUGCCCUAUUUCAGACUCUCUUUUCAUUGCUCUCAGUGGUAUGUGUGUGGCUAUUCUGGAGCAGCAUUACCGAAGACGACUGGCCAUCCGUGGCUGGUGGCUACACCUAA